GGCAAAUAUCUAUCCCUUGCAUGGAGAAAGCGAGUCCAUCAGGAAGAAGAGCAUACAUGCCCAGGUCCUGAUAGGUUGCGCUUCCACAUGCAGGGAUCUCUCUCUCUGUCUCUCUCUCCUGUUCACUGAUAGGCUGCACUUCCGCAGGGAGGGGUGUGGGUGUGUAUGUUGUCCCCCCCCCUUGGUACCAAAGAGCCUGCGAUCAGGAUGGCUGCAUUUCAGGGACGCCUUGUCCAAACUUGGCUUGCACUCGCAGAAGGGGAUGCCUCUGAAGCCUUAGCACGCCUGACAAUGGGCGGUCACUGUAUAGAAGCACUACUUGAUGAUACAGUAUUCUUUUUUCCCCCCAAACCUCUUGUCGGCUGCUUUGAUUCUUAAGAACGCAGGGUUUCAUGCUUCAAACAGAGGUUUAGAAAGGGUACCCUUACACAAGGCAAUUGCUGGAAAUGCUAAUGCUGUACAGUAUAUUCUUCUGCUUCUAAAAAUAAUAGUCCUAACUGGAUGUUUCGCUUGUGUGGAGAACAUCCAGGGCCUUUUCCAAAGCCCUUCUGACCCUGAGUCUUAGGUCACUCACUACAGAGGCUGCACGGACUAAAAUAUAUAUACUGUAUCUGUUCAUCAUCCAGCUUUGUGUUGAUACGUUAACCCAAAUAAUUAUACUUAAGGCCCUAAACAUCGAUGUAUCUGUUAUUAUGUAGUACAGAGCCGCUACUUGUUGCCAAACACAGGUUGUCUUCACACACAGUGUCAGAGACAUUGGCAACAACAUUUUUAUUCAGUCUUUUUCCUUUGGAAAUGUGUGUUGCUUGGUCAUUUGCAUCUGAGCACUCCUUUACGAUGCCUAGUAUCGAAACUAAGUGUUUUUGUAACUCACUUGGGGGGGGAGUGCGUCUGGGAAAGCCAAUCCUUAAAUAUCUCAGGUCACCCUCCGCAGCUGUCCUUUGCGGAGUGUAGUGUGUGGGAGGAAGACAGGCUGGGGACUCGCCUGGAGAGGGCGUAGCCCCCCCUUUUUGUUGAGGAUAUGUUGUUUCAUUCAGGGCGUUAUAAUCCUCUCUUCUUAAUUUAACUGAAGGACAUAAGGGUGCACAGGAAAGUCGAACAACAUGCAUCUAUAAUAGGUCCAUGAAGAACAGAUCUUAAAACCCUUUAAUAGCAGGGAAGUAUAAAAUGAUGUUCACAGACACCGCUUUGAGCUCCUUGGAGGUGGGUGCUUAGAAAUGGAAAUCUAGAGAGACCUUGCCCUGGAAGUCAAAUCCCACAUCUGCCUACUGUUAAGGAGACACCUGGCUUCCUUCUGGGGACUUAACUGCAGAGCUCAUUCUGUGUCGUGGAUGGGGUCCUUGGGAUCAAUCAUUCUUAGGGUCUUGCUAGAGCUGAGCUCCUGGCCUGCAGCUCUGGCUUGCUUUUUCUCCCUGUUCAACAGGCUUCAGAACAGGAGGCUGAAUCCCAGGGUCUGGCACUGAUGCAGCCCCCUUCCAGCCCCGAGCUGCUGUCGUCCUUGCUGUCUGGGCAAAUGAUCGAGGGGUCCGUGUGGACUCUGGUGGCCACCAUCCAGACCAUGGAGGGCAAAGUGGACUCUCUGGCCGAGAGGUUGCUGAGCCUGGAAGGGAGGGCGGUCACGGCCGAGAAGAAGAUCUUUGAAUGUGAGAAGAUGGAGCUGGAGUUUGGCAACCAGCUGGAGAGCAAGUGGGCCGUGCUGGGGACCCUGAUCGAGGAGUACGGGCUGCUGCAGAGGCGGCUGGAGAAUAUGGAGAACCUGCUCAAGAACCGGAACUUCUGGAUCCUGCGCGUCCCACCCGGAGUCAACGGAGAUGUUCUGAAGGGGCCGGCCACCUUUGAAGACAGCACCGCUGCCGCUGCCGCCUCCCCAGAGGAGUGGGAGAAGGAGCUCUACAAGAAUGUGAUGAAGGGGAAACAGGAGUCGCUGAUCUCGCUUGACUACGCCCUCUCCAAGCCAGACGUUCUCUCCCGUAUCGAAGGAGGGGAGGAUCCCUGGGACCACGAGGACGACGACAACAACAACAAGGGUCAGCCUGACCUGGAAGGAAGGGAGGGCCCUGCAGAUCCCAGCAUGGGCGCUCCUGUCUCCACCUGUGGCAUGGCCUCCCAGAUUAAGCAAGAGACCCUCUGGGUUGAAGAGGAGGAGGAAGAAGAAGGAAAGGAGAGGGGAAGGGAUGCGGAUGGAGGGACAGCUGGCAGCCAGCCGGACAACCCAUGGGCGAGGCCCUCCAGGGAGCUGGAUCCCCCCUGGACUUCAGCGGAGCGGUCCGAAGAGAGCUUUUGCCAAGCAGGGCCGGCCCAGACUUUGGGGUCCCCGGAGAGGAGGGCCUCUGGGGCGCCGGAGAAGGGCUUGCCGGAGGGCAGAGGGUGGGCCUGUCCUCCCAGGCAGGACUCUCCUGAGGGGCCUUACCUUUGUGCCGACUGUGGCCGCUGCUUCAGCCAGAAGGAGCGCUUGGCCCAGCACCCGUGCGCCCACACGGGCCAGAGGCCCCACGCCUGCCACACGUGUGGGAAGGCUUUUGUUCACCAGUCCUCGCUGACCACACACUACCGCACCCACACGGGGGAGAAGCCCUACGUGUGUGCGACGUGCCUCAAGCGCUUCACCCGGCUCUCCACCCUGCUGGAGCACCAGCGGACGCACACGGGGGAGAAGCCCUAUGCUUGCGCCGAGUGCGAGAAGCGCUUCACCCGGCUCUCCACCCUGGUGGAGCACCGGCGGACCCACACCGGUGAGAAGCCCUACCAGUGCGCCCGGUGUCACAAGAGUUUCACGCGCCUCACCAACCUGACAGCACACCAGAGCACUCACGCCGGGGAGCACGCCUACUCCUGCACACGGUGCGGCAAGAGCUUCCGCCAGAAGGCCUGCUUCCUGAAACACCUGCGCGGCCACUCCCGGGAGAGUCUGCACCCGUGCCCGGACGGCUCCAAGGGCUUCAUCUGCCGCUCCCGGCUGGUCCGGCACCAGAUGAGCCACUUGAGCGAGUGCCUGCCCAGUGGCGGCGAGGGUCCGGAGCACUUUGCCCAGAAGGAGCCCCUCCGUAGCCAUGCCGGGGAGUGGCCGUUUCCGUGCCUCGUGGGCGAGAAGGGUUUCCACGGCCCGCAGAGCCUCCAGCUGGGCCAGCAGUCCCACCUGUGCCAAGGGCCGCAAGCGGGCAGGCAGGAGCCUUCGGUGAAGGUAGAGGAGGUGGGGUGAGAAAGGGGUGGAGGGCCACCCUGAGACUCUCCCAAGCCGUGGUGGGCAGAGCCGGUUUCUGAGCCCUGGAAAUUUUGUGGCAAGACCUGUGUGGCGCAGCACGGACCAAGGAGCAGGGGUUUGGGCUGCGAUUCAGUUUCUUUUGGAAAUAAAUCGGGCAAUGCACACCCAGAUUGUAA